UUUACGCUGGGUUUCUGUACAGCACUUUGAGAUAUCAGCUGAUGUAUGAAGGGCUAUAUAAAUACAUUUAAUUUGAUUUGAUUAUUCACUUGAGUGAUCGUAUGGGCCAUAGGAUCACUCCAGUGAAUAAUGGGAAUUAUCUCUCCUGUAGCUAUGACGAGCAGGUGCUCCUAUGGGUUGAGAGAAACAUGUGCCAGCCUCUAAGUCCAGGUGCCCUGAGUGGAGGAGUGUGGAGACUGAAGUGCUAUCCUACCCAUGAGCACCUGCUGUUGGCUGCUUGCAUGCACAUUGACUUCCACAUCCUUAACUGCCAGCAAGCCCUGGAGGGCAGUGGAGGAGCGUGUUCUGUCCUAGCCGACAUCCUUCACAACUCUCUGGCCUACGGGGUCGACUUUGCCAACCUUUCCCUGGAGGAGCCUGCUCCCCCCUGGAGGAGCCUGCUCCCCCCUGGAGGAGCCUGCUCCCCCCUGGAGGAGCCUGCUCCCCCCUGGAGAGUUUUUUGACUUGUUGGUCAAGCCCAUGAAAUCCGAAGUCAGAGGAAUUGAUGUGAUAUCUCACCAUAGAGGAUUGUUUAAGUCAACUACUACUAGAGGUCUACCGAUUAAUCGGCAUGGCCCAUUAAUUAGGGCCGAUUUCAAGUUUUCAUAACAAUUGGUAAUCUGCCUUUUUGGACGCCGAUUAUGGACGAUUGCAUUGCAAUCCACGAGGAGACUGCGUGGCAGGCUGACCACCUGUUAC